GAUUCAUACACCCGUAAAAUGCUAUCACGGAAACCAACACACAUUUUCAUCGUCGUCAUGUGCCUGCUUGUGUCAGUGGCAACAGCCGCACGUCGAUCUCGAAUAGAUGUACCAUCAUCACCACCAGCUUCUGCUUCGUCACCGCUUCAAGCUGCUUCGGCAGCAGUCGAGUCAUCAGAAUUUACAAAUUCAGAUGAUGCUCCAACAAAUGACAACAUUGCCACUGCAACGAGUGAUGAACAAGUUCAAGUAGCCGUCGUCCCAGCACCGGGUAGUGAUGGCGGUCUUGUUGUUGCACCAGCACCAGCAACAAGUGGUGCAUCUCCACCGGCACCGCUUCAACAAUCAUCGUCAUCAACGGACGAUCAAUCAUCAUCGUUGUCCGCCGCACAGCAACCGGCCCAAGAGACAAAAGCCCAAGAGGCUGCCGCUGCUGCAGCAGCAGCAAUAGUGGCUCCUUCCGAUAAGUUGGAAGAGAAAGAAGUGCCUCAAGCUGCUGCAGACGCUACACUACCGGAAGAUCAAUUACCAAAGGCCGACGGCAGUAAUAACAACAACAACAACAACAAUAACAAUGCCGAGGACAAUGACAUCCAAAAUGCUAAUGGACCGGGCGUCGAAGAAUGUGAUUCGGACAUGAUUGGCUUUGAGAUUAUUACCGGAUAUGUAUUCUCAGCACCAGGCAAACUCUUAGACUCACUACCCGGAACACUUAUGUUAACUGAUUGUCUGGAGGCAUGUCAGAGCAAUGAAACAUGUCAUGCUGUUAAUUACGAAACAGGACUUUGUGUGCUCUUCUCGGCGAAUGCUGAUAAAUUGCCAGGUGCUCUUACAAAAUCUCAAUUCCCCGUCUUUACAAUUUAUGCACAGAAAACAUGUUUGGGUGUUCGUCCAUGUGCUCGGGCAUGGUGCGUGGAUCGCGUUCAAGGAUACAAAUUGAAGGGACAGAGUAAACGUUCGAUGACAGUCAACUCGAGGCGCGAUUGCUUGGAAUUAUGCUUGGGCGAAACAGAAUUCACAUGCAGAUCAGCUAACUACCAUCGUUCGACAAAUGUCUGCGAGCUCUCCGAAAUGGAUCGAAUCACUUUGGCCGGAUCAAGUGCAUUCCAACCGUACGAGGGUAUCGAUUAUCUAGAGAACAACUGCGCCGAAGAACCAAAUAAGUUGUGCGAGUUCAAGCGUUUGUCGGGCAGAAUAUUGAAGACCGUCGAUUCGGUGUACCAGGAUGUUGGAAGCAUUGAUGAAUGCCGUGAUUUGUGCCUUAACUCACCAUACAGAUGCCACUCAUAUGACUUUGGUGACACCGGCGACAUGGUAUGCCGUUUGAGCCAUCAUUCACGCGCCACUCUAUCCGACGUACAAGAACCCUACUUGGAAGUACCCGAAGCAGCUACCUAUGAACUAUCCUCAUGCUACAAUGUAACUAUUGAAUGCGGUGCUGGCGAUAUGAUUGCCCGCAUUCGCACAUCCAAACUCUUUGACGGUAAAGUCUAUGCCAAGGGCUCACCCAAGUCAUGCUCCGUUGAUGUUAAGACCUCUCUAGACUUUGAACUUCGCAUGGGCUACAAUGACCUCGAGUGCAAUGUCCGCCAAAGUGGCUCAGGACGUUAUAUGAACGAUGUUGUCAUCCAACACCACGACACUAUUGUUACAUCGUCUGAUUUGGGCUUAGCCGUGACUUGUCAAUACGAUCUGACCAACAAGUCUGUAUCGAAUGAAGUUGAUUUGGGCGUAAAGGGUGACAUCGAACCGGCUCUAUCGGAAGAAGUGAUUGUCGAUUCACCCAAUGUUAUCAUGAAGAUCACAUCUCGUGACGGCAGUGACGUCAUGCGCUCAGCUGAAGUCGGUGAUCCCUUGGCAUUGAAAUUUGAAAUUCUCGACGAACAGAGUCCCUAUGAGAUCUUUGUGAGGGAACUAGUCGCCAUGGAUGGCAGUGAUAAUGCCGAGAUCACCCUUAUCGAUUCGAAUGGCUGCCCCACUGAUCACUUUAUCAUGGGACCGAUCUAUAAGGGCUCGAUUACGGGCAAGAUUUUAUUGUCACACUUCGAUGCAUUCAAAUUCCCAUCGUCUGAGGUUGUGCAAUUCCGUGCUCUGGUCACUCCAUGUAUGCCAUCUUGUGAGCCAGUGCAGUGCGAUCAGGAGGAUGCCGGUGGUGAGUUCAAAUCGCUGUUGUCGUUGGGCCGCAGGAGGCGAUCACUUAAUGCAACAGGUGAGUUACGGAGAGUAGUGUUUCAUACUCUUGGUCAUGUUGUAUACAGUGAGAGAAGGUCACGUCGCGAAGCGGUCAAACAACCUAGCCAAGAGGAUAUGAUGUUGGUGCAAUCAAUUCAGAUCACUGACAAAUUUGGAUUCGAUAAGCAACAACUGACGAAAUCUACCGGAUACGAUGGCAGUGAAACAGUCUUUAUAUCUGGAGAUGCCGCACAAGGAUUCUGUGUAAAUGCUAUUGGACUUAUUGUUGCUGGAACAGUCUUCCUGCUGGCUCAAUUGGCAGUUAUUUCCAUCUGGACCUACUUGUACCAGCGUCGUAGAAAACAACACGGUUACGCUAACGAAGGUAUUAGCACUUCAUCCUCGUCAUAUGGCUCAUCGCCAUCAACAAUUGUCACAACAGCUCCAAAUGCUACACUAAAUAGCGGUCGUUCAGAAUCGCUAUGUAAAUUAUACGAUAGUGGUUUUGCCGGACGGCAUGGCCGUCAAUUUUAGAACAACAAAAAAAUAACACAACAAUUUUUUAAGAACAAAAAUAAGUAACAAAGAAACUCAGUGAAAAUAAGGAAUCUCCCUUUUUAAGACAAAAACAACAAGAAAAAUAGGGUUUUCAAAAAAGACAAACGAUCAAAAUAUAUUUCAAGAUGAAUCCACUUUUUAUUGGAAUCUCUUCACUGGCACAAAAUUUCUAUUCAAAAAUGUGAGCCAUUAAUCAAUUAAAAAUAAAUAUUAUUUUCCUGCCACGUAG